GAGAGUAUCAGGGAAUUAUCUGGAAGCAUAAGGAAGCAUCGGAAGUCCAGGAUUGGAGACUUACUCGUGUAACAUUUGGAGUGUCCGCGGCGCCUUACUUGGCUUUGAGAACUUUACAGCAAUUAGUCAAAGAUGCAGGACAUGAGUUUCCGUUAGCAUCGUCCACACUACAAAAAGAUACGUAUGUAGAUGACAUAAUGUCUGGAGCUGAUGAUAUUGAUGGUGCAAAGCUUCGCGUUAAUGAGUUGAACUAAUUACUAGAAAGCGGUAAAUUCACACUUCACAAAUGGGCAACGCAUGAGCCAACUGUUCUUGAAACAAUAGAUAGUGCAAACAAAGAAUCAGUACCAGCACAUAGUAUUGGUACAUGUACCAUUACUAAAACAUUGGGAUUGAGAUGGGAUGUAGUCUCAGAUCACUUCUUUUAUCGUUCUUCAAUUUCCGACACAGAAAUGGAUUGUAUCACGAAACGCAGCAUUUUAUCUGAAGUGUUUCAGAUUUAUGACCCCUUAGGAUGGAUCGCGCCCAUUGUCACAAUUGGAAAGAUUCUAUUACAAGAAUUGUGGCUGCGCAACGUCGGAUGGGAUACACCACUUCUUGACGACAUCGUUUUACGUUGGUCGAGGUUCCGUGAGGGACUCAGGAAAUUAGAAACCAUUCGUAUACCGCGAUGGUUCGAGACGCUGUCUAGCGAAGAAAUUACUUUGGUGGGAUUCUGUAGCGCGUCACAAGACGCUUACGGAGCUGUGGUUUAUGUGCGUCAAGGACACUUGUAUGAUGAUGGGCGAACCACACUAAUAAUCGCAAAAUCAAAAAUAGCUCCUCUAAAAGCGUCAUCAAUACCUCGGUUGGAAUUAUGCGCUGCGGUACUUCUCACCCGCCUAUUGAUCUACACAAAAGCCAUGUUUGACGUUGCUACC